AUGGACGUAGAAAAUAAAAGAAGACCUAUUACUAAAUACAAGUAAAAAAUAAAAGAAAAAAUGAUGAUGAUUAAGAAAAGAAAGUAGAAAAUUUCUUAAAAAUCUAAAAAACCUCAAGUGGAUUUGAAUUAAUCUACUAUGAACCAAGAAAAAAUGAAUCCUUCUGAAAAGUAAAAAAAUAGACUUUUAAGCAGAUUUGAUACUUUUAAAGAUAAGGAAGAUAAGUAAAAAUAUGCUAUAGAGCUUUAAUAACUUAUAGAAAGCAACAACAAAGAUUUAAUUAUGAAGGUUACUGAAGAAGUUGAGAGAAGUUAGUUAAAUGAACUUGUAGAAGAAGCUAUUGAUUAAUUUGUUUUUGGAGCUGCUAACAGAAAAGGUACAUCUAACCGUACUUUCUCAGGAAUUUUCUUAGAUAUUGUUAAAAAUCACAUAGAAGAAGAAGAUCCUAUGAAAGUCAAAGCUAUUUUCUAAAAGAGUGCAAAACAAUAAAAAAAAAUCAUGAAAGAAAAAGAGAAAUCUAAAGUAAAAACAAGUCAAUCUAACAUAUCUGUAAAUGCAAACGCAAAAAACAGAAAUAUGUUUGCUGAUUUAUCAGACUCAAACUAAUCAGAUUCUGAUGAUGAAGAAGAUAAUAAAAAAACUAAGAAUGAAAACAAGAUGGAACAAGAUAGUGACAGCGAAUUUGAAUCUUGUGAUGACGAAGAAAUGAAUGAAUGA